UAUUGAUAAUAGCCGGUGAGGCAUCGAUCAGUCGAUACUAUUGCGGUCUCCGGGCGACUGCUUGCAACGAAAAUUAAACACCUUAUCGGUGAUUCUACUCAACGGUUAUCAAAUGGCAAUCAGUAAUCGAUCAUAAUUGACUUUAUUAGUGUGUGAUUUAUUUAAGCAUUCGUUUAGUGUAUGAUGAAAAUGAUGGGCGAGAACGAAAUGGGUUAUGGUGACUAUUACAAUUAUGAGAACAGUUGGCCGGUCGCGCCGCCGGACUACAGCGCCGGGUUAGAUCCCAGCUGCCAAUACCGGCAACCAGAAGAGGACUACAGAUACGGUACUUAUGCGCUUUUAGAUAGUAUGAAGAUGCCAGGCCAACGACCGGGGUUCCAAAUUUCUGAUAUCCUUGGCCUGAACGAAGCGAAAGGCCUGGAGACUGCCCCAGCGCCGACGGGGCUCGGCUGCGGUCUGGAACUCCCGCCCUACGCUCCGCCGCAGCAUCAUUACUCACACGAUUUACUCAGACAUCAUCAACCCUGGCUUUCUUUAGACCAACAUGAACCUACCGGUGGAAUUGGUCAACAAGCGAGUCCGGACAGCACGUCCCGCGCUUCCGAGUUAUCCUAUGUGGGCGCAUCAGCCUCCUCGCCUACCAUUACCGAUCCCCGCCACGACCAAGACCAAGACCAGGACCACGACGACAUAGACCACGACGAUGAGGACCAUGACCAGCCAGCCAACACUAGUGACCCCAGCCUCGCACACAAGAAGCGCAAGCGACGCGUUCUCUUCUCCAAAGCGCAGACUUAUGAGUUGGAAAGACGGUUCCGUCAACAGAGAUACCUGUCCGCUCCCGAACGGGAACACCUGGCGAGUCUGAUUCGUCUAACACCGACACAGGUCAAGAUCUGGUUCCAGAACCACAGGUACAAGACGAAACGUGCGGUGCAGGAAAAAGGAGCUCACGAUUUGAACGUCGGCAGUUUAAAUUCUCCUCGCCGUGUAGCGGUACCCGUCCUUGUAAAAGACGGUCGGCCUUGUAUUGGGAAGCCGGAUGGUCUUCCUCCUCUGGGUAUGUCGCUGCCACCAUACCAGCCGAUGCACCACCAGCCGUCCGUCGGCCACGGCUCUCAACCGAGCGGUUGUUGGUGGUGAUCAAACAAUCAACCAGUGAUUUCCUAGUCGUUACAUUGAGUAAUGUCGCUUUGAUUAUGGGAUAGCGUUAUUGCUUUUUGUUUAAAUAGCCUUCUUAACCUUAUUGUUACUUCGGUAUUAUCCAUCUAGUUAGACGGAGACAAAUUUAGAUGUUAUGGGCCUAAUAAGUAAAAUUAGUAAGUUAUGGGGUAUGGUUAAUUUCUUUGAUUGUUUACAUUUGUUACAAAUAAUCCUGAGUUAGUUAAUUCAAAGUAUUAGACCCCAAAACACCCGUUUUAAUUAUUAAAAGCCAUUAAUUUCGAAAUAAAAACGUAGUUUUAUAAUCAGAUUCAUUAUGAGUUACCUCGAAUAAUAAGGAAAAUGAAAGUAUUAGUAUUUAUUUAUUUAAUUUGAGAUGUUCAAGGU